UCGGUUGCUGAGCACCGCACGCAGGCGGGGGAGGGGCGCGCUGGUAGCCGCUGCUCGGCGGUUGGUGACGGGUACAGGGGGCGGCGAGGCCGGGCGGGCAGUCUGCGGGGCGAUGUGAGAGCGGCGGCGACCCCUGUCGCGUGCCCCAGCCGCGCUUCCUUCGCCUGCCCUCGCUCACGCCGUCCCUGCGGCGGCGGCGGCGGCUCCCGCCGGCCUCCGCGGCCGGGCCCCGCGUUAUGUCGUGAUCCAGGGCGGGCGGCGCUUCUGCUGCUGCUCAUGGGGCUGCUCAGGAUUAUGCUGCCGCCCAAGUUGCAGCUGCUGGCGGUGCUGGUGUUCGGGGUGGCCGUGCUCUUCCUGGAGAGCCAGAUCCAGAAGCUGGAGGAGUCCCGCGGCAAGCUGGAAAGGGCUAUUGCAAGACACGAAGUCCGAGAAAUAGAGCAACGUCAUACAGUAGAUGGCCCCCGGCAAGAUGGGACACUGGAUGAAGAAGAUGAUGUUGUGAUUAUUUACAACAGAGUACCUAAGACUGCCAGCACGUCCUUCACAAACAUUGCCUAUGACCUUUGUGCGAAGAACAGAUACCAUGUUCUACAUAUCAAUACAACCAAAAAUAAUCCAGUGAUGUCUCUGCAAGACCAGGUCCGAUUUGUGAAGAAUGUGACUUCCUGGAAGGAAAUGAAACCAGGAUUUUACCAUGGACAUAUAUCUUAUUUGGACUUUGCAAAAUUUGGUGUUAAAAAGAAACCAAUUUACAUAAAUGUCAUAAGAGAUCCUAUAGAACGACUAGUUUCUUAUUAUUACUUUCUGCGCUUUGGAGAUGAUUACAGACCAGGGCUACGGAGGCGAAAACAGGGAGACAAAAAGACCUUUGAUGAAUGUGUGGCAGCUGGAGGUUCAGACUGUGCUCCAGAGAAACUUUGGCUUCAAAUUCCAUUCUUCUGUGGCCACAGCUCCGAAUGCUGGAAUGUGGGAAGCAGAUGGGCUUUGGAACAAGCCAAAUACAAUCUGAUUAAUGAAUACUUCCUAGUGGGAGUUACUGAAGAGCUUGAAGACUUUAUCAUGUUAUUGGAGGCAGCUUUGCCCCGGUUCUUCAGGGGUGCCACAGAACUGUACCGGACAGGAAAGAAGUCUCAUCUUAGGAAAACAACUGAGAAAAAACUUCCCACAAAAGAAACUAUUGCCAAGCUACAGCAGUCUGAAAUCUGGAAAAUGGAGAAUGAGUUCUAUGAAUUUGCACUGGAGCAGUUUCAGUUUGUCAGAGCACAUGCAGUUCGGGAAAAAGAUGGAGAAUUAUAUAUUCUGGCUCAAAACUUUUUCUAUGAAAAGAUUUACCCUAAAUCAAACUAAGAUUCUAACUAUACCAUUAGAUUUGUGGACAUAAAUCUUUGGUCACAUCAUCAUCUUAGCCCUCAGCCAUGGAAACUAGAUUGCUUGUAGACCUCCAAAACAUUUCUUUAUAGAUCUGAGAAAAGUGGGCUGUGGAUCACCUCCAGAGCGUUGGAUACUGGCUAACUAUGUUGGUAAUCCAGAAGCAAAGUCUUCAUUUCUUUUAUCUAAUACUGGGAGUUAAUAUCCUUUACCUGAAGAAAUCUACACUUUAAUUUGGAGCAAUUAAUACACAGCAGUUCUAGCUGAAAGUGUAAACAAAGGAAAAAUGCUACUGUUGAUGCUCUUCGUAAUUUUCAGAGCAAUUUAUUUUCAUUUAUACUUGAAGACAAAACAGUUGUGGUUUUUUUCCCCCCCCCCCAGCUUUCACCAUUAACAUUUUGGUUGUAUACAGUAUGAGUGGUGUUAAUAACUGGUUGACAUCUGUGCUUUGUUUUAGUGAGUCACAUGAUAUUAAUUGGGACGGUUAAUCAUGUUCUGCUGAGAAAUGCUGCUGCUGCUGGAAUUUCCAUAUUUAUAUAUGUGGUUUUAUUAAAAACUUGCAACUCAUCAUUAGUGUUAAAACAUCAUUUCCACAUUAAUAGUGUAAAAAAAAAAAGCUGCAGGAUCAGAGCAGUGGGGUUUUCUUGUUUUGUUUUUUAUCACCACCAUCACUACUGACAGGUUGGGAAAACUACAAAGGAUGUUGGUAUUGUCUGCAGUUCUGGUUGAUCCUUACACAGUGGUAUAAAAAUGGUAAAUUCAGUAUUAAGUUUCUCCAUGGUUUCUUUGUACUAAUUGUAAACUGAGGUAUUGGUGAAUCCAUAUUAUGACUCCAUUAGUGAGCUGUGGUAUGGUUAGGGUUUUCCUACUACUUCGAUACUUUUAUCUGUAGAAUAUUUUUACUAAGGUGCUUUAUAACGUGUUUUAAAGCAUUGCAUUUACAAAAAGGAGUAAAAUGCUGUAAAUACUGCUUAUUUUAUGUAUUUGGACCAAAAGGUUUAAAGUAAGUAGUUCAAAGUGGGGUUUUUUUGCACCAGUUCUGUUACAUGUGAAGUGAAAAACAGCACAUCUACUUCCUGGUUGAGUUAACUGUCAGACAUUGCUGAAAUGCACUUCAGUAACCUCUCUGACUUCAAUACCAGAAUGUUGUCCAGGGAUUCUCUUUAUAGAGAUGUAGUCUUCAUCCUUUUAUUUUGGUAAGAGGAAAAGAAGAAAGAUGUCAUAUGCAGUCUGGUUGAGAAAGAUGCAGUGAACUUGAUUGACAUAAUUGUAUUUCUGUAACUGCCUUAUGUGACUAUUGUAAAUUUGUGAGUUGCCAUUAUUAACAAUGUGAAACACCUGGUACAUGAAGUAAAUUGAAAUUUGAGAACAGAUGUCUGGGGCCACUGCACUGUAGCAAAUGGCAGUGGAAAACUGCAAGAAUUUAUUUCCUAUUGAAUUUUCUUAAAGAUCUGAGUAUUUACACAUCUUACACCUGCCUUUUCUUAAAGUGCUUUUCACGGAGUUUAAUGGGGGAAGGCACUGAGGAGACAAAGUAAGGAAUGGUGGUAAAGCUUUAAAUUCCCAAGGGAUGAUGCUGAAAGCUUAGUUUAAAAUUACCAAGUGGGGUUUCUUUAACCAGCCUGUUCUUGUAAUGAAAACAAAGGAAAUGGAAACUGGUCUGUGAACUGGAUGUCUGCAGCCAAAAGCAACAGCCCAAUUACAGAGAGGAUAAUGAGAGACUAUCAAACACAUCUUGCAUUUUCUUGUUUUCUUGGAUUUUUUCCCUUUGAAUCUUAAAAAUAGGUCUUUGUUCUUCCCAAAUAAUCAGGGAAGUUCCUUCUGAUAACUUAACCAUUUAUAUAGCGUGAACCAUGCGUAAGAUUUCCUGUUCUAGUUCUUGUCUAUUGAUGUCAUUAAUAAUGGCAACAUGUUUAGGAAUAGAAUGUGUUAGGUCAUACAUAAAGACAUGUUUUGUGGCUAAAGAAAGGAACUGAGGAGUCAUACACAAGAAGUAGCUAAUGAAUAUCUGAAAAAUUUCCAUAACAAAACAGUGAUUUUUUUUUUUUUUGAGAUAUAAGUAAUCUUUAUAAUCCCAGGAAAUACUAUCCAUUCAGAGAUAGUUUUAUGGUAGAUAACUAUUUUUGAUGCUGGGUUUU